AUGGUCGUCGAUACUCCAGCUAAGGAAUCGGUGACUACUUCUCUUGUGUGUUUAAAGUGUCCCGUGUCGAUUUUCGACAGAGACUUUGUUGUUGAUUUCGUUUGCUUGUCGUUGAGAGGUUUGGAUGUGAUUUUUAGUAUGAACUGGUUAGAGUAUAACCAUGGUCAUAUUAAUUGUUAUGACAAAUCGGUGAAGUUCUUUACUCCUGAAGAAGAAGGUGUUGAAUUGUUGUCUGCUAGACAGUUGCGCCUGUUGAUGAAAGAAGAAGUGAAAGUGUUCGCGUUGGUGGCAUCGUUGUCUAUUGAGAAUCAAGCUAUAAUAGAUGAGUUGCAAGUGGUGCGAUAA